AUGGCGGCAAACUACUGGACUUCGACCCAGCGUCGACACUGGCUUUUCUCAAGGGAAAAGUUAGCUGAGAUUCGUGAUGCAUUACGAGAGAAGGACAAGGCUGCGCAUUCACAGUUUCCGCUGCCGGAUCAGCGGCUACUGAACAUCUACUUCAACCAGCAGCUCAUCAAGCUUGGCAAGCGCAUGUCCACCAGACAGCAGGCCAUUGCAACAGCACAGGUGUAUCUCAAGAGGUUCUACACCAAAAAUGAGAUUCGACAGACAAAUCCGUACCUCGUACUCACCACAGCCUUUUAUCUUGCCUGCAAGAUGGAAGAAUGUCCACAGCACAUUCGCUUUGUGGUCGGCGAGGCACGCGGUCUAUGGCCAGAAUUCAUCACCCCAGACGUUGCAAAGCUGGGAGAAUGCGAGUUCGCUCUCAUCUCAGAAAUGAGCUCGCAACUGAUCGUGCAUCAUCCCUACCGGACAUUGUCCGAACUACAAUCCGAACUAUCACUCACCUCGGAGGAGGUCGCUCUCGGCUGGUCGGCGAUCAACGAUCACUAUCUAACAGACCUGCCCUUACUACAUCCACCCCACGUCAUUGCAAUUAUGGCAAUUAUCGUCGCCGUUGUCUUCAAACCCUCCCAUCCUGCCAACUUCUCUGGUUCCACGCAAUCCGCUCUAGCGAGCGCCAUGAGAGAUGGAGGAGGCAUGCAUAUGAUGGCUGCUUUGUCGGAUAAGGCUGGAUCUGGGCCUCCGCCAAAAAUUCAAAAACUUGUCGGCUGGCUUGCUGAAAGCGAGGUUGAUAUCAAAGCUGUUAUCGAGUGUACGCAGGAGCUGGUUUCGCUGUAUGAAGUGUGGGAGCAAUACAGCGAGAAGACGUGCAAAGAGCUUAUUGGGAGGAUGGUCAAAAGUAAGAACCUGGACAAAUAA